ACAUUUCAUAAAUAAAAGUAAAAAUAAAAAGCCCUCUCUCCUUUCUUUCAGUUUCGACAUUCCCCAGAAUCUCUCUUCCCUUUUUGUCUCCAACCCCCCCAAAAAAAUAAAAACCUUAAUAAACCUUUCUUCUUCUUCAAACAGAGCGCACAACAGAGACGUUCCCACUCUGUCUUAAUCUCUCCUCUGUUUCAAUUCCACAUUUUGUUCCAAUCAAAGAUCGAUGGAAACUGGUGGUGAAGCAAUUCCGGGUCAAGAAACCGGAUCCGUAAACCCAGAUGGGUUUGUGACGAUCGAUGUGGAGAGUUUCUCUCAUGUCAUGCACAAAGACUUCUCUUCUUCUAGUCCUAGAAUUACUUUGCAGAGAAAUGUAUCGAGGAAAGGGUCUCCGAGAAGCAACAAUAACGAGAGGAAACUCCAAUUUGACGCAAAUGGUAAUGACAAGGAGACCUCAUUCCCUCAGUCCCCACUUAGAGGUUCAAGCACGCCGGAAAAGCCGAACACCGUGGGGACCAUAGAUCAUGCAGGCACGGCCACAACCGCAGCCACUGCAGCUGUUUCAGCCUCGCCGCUUCAUCAAAUCACCAUAACUACGGCUGCUACUGCCGCCGGAAAUAUGAUCACCGACCAAAAUAGAGAAAGAAGGUUCGGUUUCUCGAGGAAAUCGAGUUUUAAACGCUCUCACACUUCUUGGAUGCUUGAUCCAAAGAAAAUCGUCCUCUUGUUUGCAACUUUGUCAAGCAUGGGAUCAAUCUUGUUAAUCAUAUUUACACUCUCGAUCAGCAAGUCUAAUCCCGGAGAUAUGCCUCUAGACUAAAUAGUAAAUACAAGAAAGAGCAUAUAUAUAUUAUCGACCGACCUAAAGUUUGUGGCUGUAGAACAUGCCAGAAUCUCACCGACCUACUACAUUUGAGGAGAUGUAUCAGAGCUCAGAACAUUACAAAAACAUUAUGAGCAGGGUAAGGUUGUGUGACAAUAAUAGUUUUAUUUUGUAUGAUUUUUUAUUAAAAGAAAAUAUGACCCCAAAAAAAAAAGUAAGAGAGAGAAAGUGGGAAGUGGGCGCACACGAGAUCAUAUGGCAAAGAAAAGCUUAAGACAAGAGUUUAUGACUAUUGUGACAAAGACAGAGAAUCGUUUCUUCUGUUCUUUUAAAUUCUUUUUUUCUUUCUUUCUGUUUCUAAAAUUUUAUUUUUCGAGUAUGUGUUUUGAUUUCGUUGUAUUUCUUUGUGUAUAUAUCAGUUGUCGUGAGCCAUUUUUGUUUUUGGUUAAUUUUUUCCAAAUAUAUAGAGAAUUAUUAUAUGA